GCCAUGUGAAAAGUUAAAAGUACAACAUUUUUUUGUGAGAGUUAAAAUCAAUCCUGAGUUCUCCUUUCUCCAGCGGUACAGAUUCUGUGUCGUUUGUUUUGGGUGUCGACUCUGGUUUAGGUUUGUUUCUCUUUCAUUAUAAAUCCUUGUGUUUGUCGUGUAAUUUUUAUCUUUAUAGCCGGCGGGCGUCCUCACAAUUCAGUUUACAAUCCAAAAAAAAAAAAAGAACGCCACAAAGAGAGAAACGAAAUAGGAAGGCAGAUUAUGAGUCACUACGAAGCGAAGUCUGAUCGAUCUGAGACAACGCGAAGUGUGCCAGAAUGUUGGGAUCAAAUCAGUAAAAGUAUACGAAGAGGAGCUGACUUUGUGACACGGCUUGGCGGUGUCACGUGUCCGGUUAUAUAGCGCCCAUCCUUGUUGCGGGGCCAAAUCUGCAACGUCAGCUGAAGGUUUUCAUUUUAAGCAAGUAAAGUUUAAGAGGCCGAGGACAUAAAAGCAAAAUGUCUGCUCUCGAUGAUCUUGAAACCGAAGAGGUCUUAACGUGCCUUCGCCUGAAAGCAUACCAUCCAUACCACGAAAUCAAAAAUGUGUUUCAGUUUCUUCAAUUCAACAAAAAGAUGAAACACCGAGCAGACGAGGCCCUCAAGGUCGGCCGGGACUCCAAAAUGUGUGCCAUCCAGUUGCACGACCUGCGCGUUUCCCGGGUGCAGUUUGCCAUCGAAGCUUUCCGCUACUUCAACAGCUCCGACCUUUCCUUCGAAAUCAAAAACCUCAGUCAGAAAGGGAGGCUCACCGUAAACAACGCCGAGCUGGAAUACCUGAAUAAAGUGGAGCUGCCGAGGAAAGCCAUCAUCAGGUUUGCAGAAUUUGUUUUCCUCGUGGAAAAGGAAGACGGAGAGUCCACAGACUAUUUUGAAACGGUCUUUGAGCUGGCGGCCCUGCCACCGACCUUGGAACUGAUAUGCUGCUCUUCCUUAAGUCCCGUCCCGGAAACUGGCCUCACGUUCCCCGUCGCUCCGAACUCGGCGGUAGAGCUGGCAGAAGGUGAAUUCUAGAGACCGACAUCCGCUGGAAACGACGUUCUCAAAGCACCGGGGGUCUGUCCUCUACGGGUAUCAUGUUGCAGUAGCGUAAUGUAUGACGAUAUUCUUGAGCCAUGUGAUGUCAUAUUAUUGCUGUGUUUAUUUUGCAUAUCAUGUCCGAUUUGAGGAGUAGGGAGAAUUUCCGUGAAUAAUAUUUAUGGCAUUUUUAUUAAUUUAUUUUCUCUAACCCAGCGUGUAGCCUCUGUUUAGUACGGUAUCUGCUCUAGUAAGAAACGACUGAUUCUCGCCGCCAUCGGCAUAAUCUUUUCUUUCAUAGUAUUAGCAUUAGAAUUAUUUACCAGUACGUGAUCAAGUAUUUUCAUGUUGUAAUAAAUACAUUUUUCAAUAUAAAAAAAAAAAAAGCUUUAAAGAAACGCAAA